CGUACACAAAUCAUAAACAUCCUUAAUUUGAACUAGUGCACCGUAUGAUAAAGAUUACCUGUGAAAAAAUCUCUGAUAGGAAAGGUCAUAUGUAGUUCUUAUGAUCACAAAUAGUGCCAAUCAAAUACAAAUACAAUAAUUACAAGUGGCAAUAUUCUCACAAUAUCAAACCCACUUUUUCCAACUUUCGUAUAAAAUGGAGUUUAAUAAAAAUAACAAUAAAUUAGACAAAACACUUAAAAGAAUUAAUGUGGAGUUACGUGACAUAAGACGUAAUCCAGUGCCGCUUUUUAAUGCUUGUCCGAUUGGAAAUAAUAUAUUCCGUUGGCUGGCGACGAUUUUAGGCCCCUCCGACUCUCCAUAUUCGGGUGGCGUGUUUUUCCUUGACGUACAUCUUCCUACAGAUUAUCCUUGGAAACCACCAAAGAUAAACUUUACAACAAGAAUCUAUCAUCCGAAUGUCAAUAGUAAUGGAAAUAUAGGCUUGGAUAACUUGAACUACCAGUGGUCACCAGCGCUAACCAUUUCAACAAUACUCUCAUCAAUUUACUCAUUGUUGACCGAUCCAAACCUAGACUUUACAUUUGACCCUGAAAUUGUUCACAUUUAUAAGAAUGAUCGUUCUCGCUAUGACGCUAUUGCUCGUGAAUGGACAAUCAAAUAUGCUACUUAAAAAAUAUAGAUUAUAUAAUCCGUUUGCUGUCAAUGAUGUUGUCAUCCAUUUAAUGCGAUUUGUCAAUAUUAACGAAGAAAUCAAGAAAUAUAUAUUAUAUAUAUAUCCUUAAACAAUAUGAUGGUUAUUUUUUAAAUUUUGUCAAAAUAUUUACACAAUAAAAUAAUUAUAUUAUAUUUUCAUUACAAUUACAU